CCCAACAAAUCAACUGACACACUAUACCAUAGCUGGUUAGCACUCAUCUCAACUCUUGUUGAACCCCAAGUCCGAUAUACCGUGCGGACACAGGGCCAACCCUUGGAAAGGGUCAAUGAAAUUAUAUCUGCAUGCACCACUCUCCAAUACACAGGGAAACGAACGACUUUGAUUUGUUUAUUUUUUGACCAU